AUGCAUGCAGGAGGAAUCAAGAAACUCUGUUUGAUACUGGGUCUGUUGUACAUUGGAGUAAACGGGGAGAAGAAGAUUAACCUGGAAGAUAUAGAAAGAGAUAAUUUGAGGACAGAUGUUAUACCGAAAGAGCAGAAAUAUUUAACAAAGUCAGAGAUUGGCCAACAGCAGUAUCAGAUACCUAAUCAAUACCAUGGACCACCCAGUCCGCAGGUUACAUACGUAACUCCUUCUUCUCCGGCCAACAGAUACACCACAAAGGAGCAAGAUUAUCCGCAGCAAAACAACGUAAUGAACGAACAAGUAUUACCGCCACGAUAUUACAACGAAUACCAACAACAGCUGCCACUGCCUGCAAAAGAACCGGCGUCAAACUUGUACGGUCCUCAACAAUUCUCAUACCAACCGGAAGUGAACGUUGGCAAUCAAUUGCAGAGUGUUCAGCAAAAAACGAUUACGGCAAAAUAUGGGAAAAAUGUGAACAAAGAUACGGUGUACAUCGACAUUCCCAUGAUGCACCUCUUGACCUAUUACCCAAAUUUAGAUGUAAAUUCUGGCAAAAGCAGUGGAUUACUGGUGCCUCAAUUAACCCCACCGGGGGCUGAACACAUAUCUAUCCCCCUCUACACUUCGGCGCUAAGUGAAAAGCCGACUUACCAACUUCAGUAUGCUUCUAAACACAAUAACCCACCUUUCACCUCCAAUAAGAUAACGAAGAGCUCGGCGUACACGACUCCCGUUAUAUCAAAGAAGUACACCGGUGCCCCGUUAGUGAGCGUGCCGCCUUACGUGCCAUCAGACCAAUCGCACGCCCAAGGAAGACAGUUUCUGUACACGCGAGCGUACGUCGCCCCGUCCCAGCCGCAAUACGUCUCUCAGCUGGUCUACGCUCAGCCAACAACGGUUUACAUGCAUGCUACACCGGUCUACAACGACGUUUACGCUCGUGCACCUAGCUACGUACAGGACAACUCAUUGCACGGCAACGUGAAAUACGCUACUCAAGCUGAACAGCUGGAUUCCGCGGCACCAGUCGCUGAUGAGCUGCCAAAUCAAGCCUCGGUGCAGCAAACAAGUCAGAGCGUCGCACAGAAUUACGUGAAGGAUCCGGAAGAACCCAGUGUCGAUUUGAUACCACCUCAGCUGGCCUCGCAGGAUUUCAAGGCAGUUCCAACAACUUUGUUACCCGUGCCGCAAGAGGAAGAAUCUAUUCCCGAGCAGAAUCACGUAGGUUCCUCUGAACCUAGAUCGCUACUGGAUUCCUACGUUCCCAGUAAAUUAAUCGCAGCACAAGAUUCAGACAGAUAUCAAGAGAGGCCAAUAAAAUUGGAAAGUGGCUUUCUUCCAUCGAAAGAGAACUUUCUACACAAAAAGCGCAAGACCAAUUAUUAA